AAAGUCUAGGCGAGAGAACCAUGGACCUUAAUGAACUGCCGGAGUACUGAAUAUCACAAGAGUCAUAAAGUAGUGCGUAGGACUUGUGCGUUUCGGUCCUCAGAUAACACAGCAGAGAAGGCGAGGCCAAGAUCUAUCAAUUGCUUCAUCACAAAAUGGCUACGUCAGUGAAAGCAAUCUCGAGCCCCGUCCCUGAUGUCUGGUACCCAACCCUAUCUGUCUUCAUGCUAUUGAUCGGCCUUGUACUCACUGCUUCUUUCUUCAUAUAUGAAGCAACCUCUUCUAGGAAAAACCGCAGCCUUGCUAAGGAGCUCAUGACAGGAACAGUUGCGUCUGUCUUCUUGGGUUUUGGAUCCUUAUUCUUGCUUCUUGCAUGUGGUGUUUAUGUUUGAUUUCUACACAUUGAACCAGUUACAAUUCCGCUGAACAUGAUGGGUUUUGCAUGAAUGAAGGAUUAUAGCUUUGAAAUAUCAUCAGUUAGAACUUCUUAUGAAUUAUUAUUUGAGUGCAAACUUUACUUUAUCACAUGAUACGGUUCGUUGCGGCAAAUGAAAUAUUGCAAAAAAUUAAUGAGAAUAUCUUGUAUUUGGGUUCGACUCCCAGAUCAGUAGUGGAUUUUGGCUUGACCAACCUAAAUGCUAGCUAUAUGCAAAAUAAAAAGUAGGUGGAUCUUGGGGGCAUUGUCGCUUCUCAUUAUGCUGUGCUUUUAAUGCCUGCGCUAUGAUUCAUUGUUGUUUCUCAAUUAGGGUUGUUUAAUGUGUUGGCGGCCUGGAGGCGUUGGAUCCGUUUGGUUUGCAGAUUGCCAUUAUGAGGAUUUUCAAGAAUGCUCUUUUUCUUUUUCUUUUAUUGUUAUUAUUAUUAUUAUAGGAAAUAGAGGAUUUUCAAGAAUGAAUAUGGGGUAUGUCAUAUUUGGACUUUUUAGAGUGAAAGGUGAGUGUUUCGAGUCCCCUGACAAAUGAAUGUGUCAAGGAAAAAAGAAAUUGACCAAUGGGCAGUUGGAUCUGUGAGUCUUGCAAGAAAUUCUAGUGGCUCAAUCUAUGUGUUAAGCACUGCAGCUUAAAUUGCCAUUACUUUAUACCAGUUGAACUUAAAUGUUAAGUUCAGAUAUUAUAACACAUUGCUACAUCCAAUUGUGUGUAAUGGCGGAGUCUUGUUUCAAUUGCAAUAUGCUAAGAAUGGUGGCUUGGUGGUUUUUUAUUUUUUAUUUAUUAUAUCUUUCAAAUUGGAAGGUUGGGGGUUUAAGUUUUGGUUGAGUUUCUUGCGUUAAAAAAAAAAAAAAAAAGAAAGAAGAAA